AUCUGUUCGUGUGUGUAUAUACAUGAAUGGGCGUUUAGACUGGUGAGUAUUGAUUAGGGUGUGCACAGUGCAGUACAAGCUAAAUACCAAAAAUGGGUAUUCUGGGUUCUUAUUCUUCUUCUCCAUUUUGGGUCUUUUGCUUGUUUGUUUUGUUGGGUUUCGUUUUGAAUGCUGCAGUAUUGUGCGAUGGAGGCAAAACAAGCAGUUUUGUCAGGAAAAUAGAGAAAACUGUAGAUAUGCCUAUUGACAGUGAUGUCUUUCAAGUUCCUCCUGGAUUCAAUGCUCCUCAACAGGUCCAUAUAACACAAGGAGAUCAGGUAGGGAAAGCAGUGAUAGUGUCAUGGGUUACUCCGAACGAAGCCGGUUCGAAUACGGUGUUAUACUGGAGCGAAAACAGCAAGGACAAGAACAAGGCAGAGGGAAAAGUGUACACCUAUAAGUUCUACAAUUACACCUCUGGUUACAUUCAUCACUGCACCAUCAGAAAUCUGGAGUUCAAUACUAAGUACUACUAUGAGGUUGGGAUUGGUCAAAGUGAGCGCCAAUUUUGGUUCACAACUCCUCCUGAAAUUGGACCUGAUGUGCCUUAUACAUUUGGUCUUAUCGGGGAUCUUGGACAGAGUUUUGAUUCGAACAGCACGCUUACACACUAUGAAUUGAACCCGCAAAAAGGACAGGCAGUGCUUUUUGUUGGAGAUCUUUCUUACGCGGAUAACUACCCGAAUCAUGAUAAUGUUAGAUGGGAUACAUGGGGAAGGUUUAUAGAGAGAAGUGCUGCUUAUCAACCUUGGAUAUGGACUGCCGGCAAUCAUGAGAUUGACUAUGCCCCAGAAAUUGGGGAGAAAAAGCCUUUCAAGCCUUACACUCAUCGGUAUCACGUUCCCUAUAGAGCGUCGGAUAGUUCUGAACCCUUUUGGUAUUCAAUAAAGAGAGCUUCAGCACACAUUAUAGUUUUGGCUUCAUACUCGGCCUACGGAAAAUACACUCCUCAAUACAAAUGGCUAGAACAGGAGCUACCGAAAGUUAACAGGAGUGAGACACCAUGGUUGAUUGUUCUUAUGCAUUCUCCAUGGUAUAAUAGCUACAACUAUCAUUACAUGGAAGGAGAAUCCAUGAGAGUAAUGUAUGAGCCAUGGUUUGUCCAGUACAAGGUCGAUGUGGUAUUCGCUGGUCAUGUCCAUGCCUAUGAACGAUCUGAGCGUGUAUCGAACGUUGCAUACAACAUUGUGAAUGGUAUGUGCAAACCUGUAAGCGAUCAGAACGCUCCGGUUUACAUAACCAUUGGUGAUGGGGGAAAUCUUGAAGGCUUAGCUACCAACAUGACAGAACCUCAGCCGGAUUACUCAGCUUAUCGCGAGGCCAGUUUCGGUCAUGCAAUCUUCGAUAUUAAGAACCGAACCCAUGCUUACUAUAAUUGGCACCGUAAUCAAGAUGGUUACCCUGUGGAAGCCGAUUCCUUCUGGUUUUUCAACAGAUACUGGCAUCAAAUUGAUGAUUCUACGACGACUUCCCAUUUGUGAUGAAUAAACUCUGCCUUCCCAUUUGUGAUGAAUAAACUCUGCGUUCUCUUGUUUGCAAACCCAGAAUUACUGCACAAGCUAAUAAUGACUCAGAUCUCCACUCCACCCUUGUUGGUGUGUUCAUUCACCGGUCUGGAUUUCCUUACCUUCGUCCUUGUAGCCACUGGAACUUUUGUAAAGUCUACCAGGCUCCUUUCCUUUGUAAGCACUAAGCAUUGUUAACACUACGGCUCACACUUGAGUUGCAGAGAAAUUAAAGACUUUUUCCAGAGCAAA